GUGUGCGAAAGCAUUCGACUAUAAACCACUUCAGAUUGUGUGGUUAGAGAUUCAGCAUGUCAGCGAGAAAGAAUAGCAUAGCUUCGCCAGAAUUCUGACACUACUUACUCACCGCAAUCAUAAUCUUUAAAAAUCUGGAUUUUCAACAGUGAAUUUUAAAGUUUUUUCGACAAGUAUGUACGGAACAAAACGACUAGCGAAGAGGUCCAUUGUAGGAACCCGUGUGUGCGCCCAGUGGCCAGAUGGUGUUUACUACGCAGGGGUUAUACACAAAGUGGAACUCGAGAAUAAGUCCAACUGUUUGGUGGAUCCAAACUACACCAUAUGUUUUGAUGAUGGGUACAUCAGAAGGUACAAGGAGGGCGACAUAGUUGGCCAGGGUUUUAGCGGAAUCAGCAGCGUGCACCUCAAGUUUGGACAGCGAGUGUUCUUCACGAAUCACGGGAGAGAGAUGGUUGGAUUUGUGCAGAAACAUAAAAGGCCAACGAAUGAGGUCUUUAUCAAAGUAGACGACGGUUCGGAUAGAGUAGUGCAGAGGAAGUUGGAUGAGAUCAGGCUGAUGGAAAGUAGAAAGUCGCCUCGGCUGGCUGAUCACGAGACGGACUACCUGAAACUUGCUGAUAUGACCCCACCAUCAGAGUCCAAGAAAAGAGCUGUGUCCAGUUGCAUCGAUGUCCCAAGCGUGAACUCACCCAAAGAGGAACCGGAACCACUAAUGGAUGACGUGAUGGCAGCCAUGGUGUUAACGAGCUUAUCAGGAAGCCCUCUAUUGUCCAGACAGGAUAACUCAGUGCCGUACAGCCCGAUAAGUCCAACAGGGGGAACCACAACCGGUUCUUCAACGGGUACUGGAGCGUCAUACAGCCCAUCCAGCAGUGGUCAUUUCAGCUGGGACUUUCAUUCUCGAGGAACCCCGUCCCCAGCUUCCUCGACAAGUGAUGUGGAUUGUAGUGUGGCAGGACUCACGCUCACAGAUAUCGGUUCCACUAACGGCUUAAUUUUUGGUCCGCCCUCUGUGGAUGAAGGAAUAGAUGUGAGCGAGGUCGGAGCUUUGUGUACAGUAGAUGUUAUUCCUGCUAAGAAACCAAGGGUUUCGCCAACCAAGACGGUCUACAGAUGCACAUGGCAAGGAUGUGAUAAGAUGUUGUGUACUGUACAGGGGAUUGAGAGACACAUCAGGACUCAACAUCUCAGGUUAAAAGCGUCCAGUAGCAGCCAUGAGGAGGAGUUCUACUACACAGAAGUUGAGACGACGGUGGAUAGCAUGUCCGACAUGUUUGCCGAUAUGUACACCUCCUCCCCACCCCCUACACUAAGCCACAUGGAUAUGGUCAGACCCCCGUACGAGAACCCUGAAAUACACACAGACAACAACGGCAACAAUAGGACACCUCAGGAUGAGGUCAAAGGUCAGGCUGUGCCGGCCUUUCAGAAGAGUGUCAUGAUGGUUACACAACCCAGUCAAGUCUUGCAGCAACAGACAACUUUUACUUGGCAGACGACAUCCCCUCCUCCCACCACAUUUAUCACCCCUUUCCCGGCAAAUGGAACGGGCCAGUAUUCAUCACCGAUCCGUACCAAGGCAAGUAGCAUCGUCCAGCAGCGUCAACAACUCCAUCAAGCCGCGUCUCCCAAGACCCAUCUCCAUUUUGCCACAUCCUCAAGCUCCGUCUCCCCCGGUCACCACCCCAAGAGCCGAGAAGGAAAGAAGUGUCGUAAAGUCUACGGGAUGGAGAAGAGAGACUUGUGGUGUACGCAGUGUCGCUGGAAGAAAGCGUGCGUUCGCUUUACGUGCUAGUGCCCUGGUAUAUUUUCAUUUGUUGGGGUCACAUUGUGACUAAGUUUUUUGAUUCAUGGAGAAACACUCUUGUAGCUUUUUGAGGUGUGCAGUAACUAUGUGUAUAAUUACUGUGUAAUGUUUUGAGGUGUGCAGUAACUAUGUGUAUAAUUACUGUGUAGUGGUUUACAUACAACAUUAUGAUACAACCUGCAGGCUCUAGUGCCUUUAUCCUACAGAACCAUUUAUAUGAUUAGUCUUUGACUGUGAUUAGCCAAAGGUACGGUACAUGAUUGGUAGUGCUGAAAGAAAGUCACUAAUUUUGAUUCAGAAAGCAAAUUUGUGUAAAGUGGGUCUCACAAGAAAGUUGAUAACCUCCUUUUAUUAAAGGAAAACAGCUAUCUAAAGGCUAUGUCACACAUGGCAAUCACUGUUUACAGGUAACUUUGAAGCAACCACUCUUCAUAAGGAGCACAAUAGACAUACUUCUACCUGGUAAAGGAAAACUUCUACGAGGAAAAUGUCAAUUUGUAUUGGAACCUUGCAAAGAGCACCAAAGCAAAAAGCACAGGGCACCACAGGGCAAUUGCUGUGGGUGCCAUGGUUUAGUUCUUGAGGUCAAGUGGAGUUUGUUUCCUCUUGGAUACCUGUAAACAUUUCCAUAUGUGACGAGGCCUUUAGAACCUUGGAGGAUGCAGUAUUUUUCCUAUGGUAUUCUUAUUAAAUGCAUUCAUUCAAUGUUGAUUAAGAAGUGUAAAGUAGCUGAAAUAAUAGUACAAAAUAUCUAAAGAAUAAUUGUGUAUAUACCACAGUUUAUGGUUUUUGAUCCAUCAAUUCAAAGAGGCAUUUGGGUGGAUCUUAACGACUGUGACAAAUGAAAAAGGAAUUAAUGGCGACAAGAAAAAAAAAAGUAAACUUGUCUGGCUAGUGGGGUACCAAUGUUGGCAUCUCCUGCAAUCAUGUUGCAAACUAUUUUCAGAGAUGUAUCUUCAAUUUCGGUGCGAACUGCCGUAUAAAAUGUUGAAAGAUUCCAGCUCAAGAGAUGAGAUCUCACAUGCCUGUAAAAUUCAGUCAUCUGAAAUUCUAUUUAUGUCCAAACUUUUCAUGUUUUGUACAGUUUCAGACAAUCAAGUCUUUAUGUCAGAUUUUAAAAGACAAGUGAUAGUUCCAAGUAGAUGUCAUCUUUACUUGCAAAUCGCAUUUUGGCUUGCAGGCGCAUCAAGUGCAUAGUAAUGCAUGACUGUGACUCCUGUGAGCUCCAAAUUACUCGUAAAGAUGGCCGAUUGACGUCAUAUUGCAACCUUAUCAAUACUGGGAGUGUGAAGUUGUGUUCUUCGUCAAAAUCUUUAUAGUUUCAAUACGUUCUUACACAUUUACUGUAAACUCUAAAAAUGUAAAUAGAACUUUAAAAAUUAUUAGAAACAAAUCAAGAAGAAAGUGUGACCUGAUUAAACGAAACGGUUCUGAAAGUCAGUUGAGGUGAUUUGACUUGGCCUUGUGAGAAAGUUCCGCAAUCUUAUGUGUUGGAAUCAAAAAUGAAGAAAAGUGACUUUAAAUUUCAGAAAUAAUAAUAGAUAAUAGCAGUAUGGGUAUUAGCCUUCACAAAGAGUUAAUUGUAAAAAAAAAAAUGGUUUCUAUUUAUACGUUUGUUUGUCUGUUUCGGCAACACCAUAUUUUACAAUAAAAUAUCAAGACAUUCUACUCAGGUUUAUAUCAACACUGUGUGGCUGCAUUUUAUCACACAUCUUUCUUAAAGGCACUGGACACCUUUGGUAAUUUUCAAAGACCAGUAUUUUCACUUGGUGUAUACCAACAACA